UUGUACAUUCGCCGUAGAGAUGAAAGCGUUCGUGGCAUUCUUGGCGUUCGUGGCCGUGGUCCAUGGCCUGCCCAUGGCCAAGGAGGAGGGCUUCAUGGACAAAUUCAUGGCCAACUUGAGGGAGUGCGUGGAAUCCGACACCGUGCUGUGUUUGAAGGAGAAGGCAAUGAAAUAUACGGAAAACUUGGCUGUCUCCAAAGAACUCAGCGUAGCUGAUGGCAUAAUGACCUUCUCAAGAACUGGUAGUCCCCGAUCUGCCCGAAGCUACGAACCUCUACCUGAUGACUCGAAGGCCAGAGAAGCUGCUGUAGAAGACAGGAUCCUGGACAAUGUUGUGGACUUCUUGGACGGACAUGUUCUGACCCUGAGGAUGCCUAAGUCAUUCACUGAAGACAACUCUGUGGAAGAGGAAGGCCGUGGCAAGAAGAAGAAGAAGCUGAAGAAGCUCCUCCCCAUCCUCGCCCUCAUCAAGCUGAAGCUUGCUGCCCUCGUCCCCCUGUUCCUCGGCAUCAUCGCGUUCGCCGUCUUCAAGGCGUACCUCCUCGGCAAGAUCGCCUUUAUCGCUGCUGCCUUUGGAGCUCUCAAGAAACUUCUCGAAUCUAAAAAGUCUAGCGGUUGGUCCGAACCUGCGCAUGAGGAGCAUGGAUGGGAGAACAGCGGUGGCGGCGGCUGGGGCAGGUCUCAGGACGCGCAAAACUUAGCCUAUGGCGCUCAUGCCAAACAGCUAUAGAUACUUUAUGAAAUUAUUUAUUUAAUUUAUUAAUAGAUUAGAUGAAUGAACGAAUUUAUAUUAUUAUGUGUAUGUCUAUUCUAUUAACCACCGUAAUACUUGUAUUCUAUCAUUUGAUGUGUGCCUGUGAUGCGUGAAAGUUACACAACUGUAUUUUAUAUAUGUUUAAUUUUUAUAUAAGUGAUGACUGAUUUAUUUUAGUCUUUCCUUAUUUUUAUUUAUUUUAGUUUAAUUAUUAUAUUUACGUAUAUUGCCUUCUUUUAAAGGAGGAGAGUGACAUCUAGUAUAUUUUUUACCAAAUAUUUUAAGUUUUUAUUUCCAAAGAUAUGUUUAUUUGUUUAGUUAUUAUUUUUUAUUGUUUUAUUGUGUACUUUUAGGCGUGUAUGAAAGCGGUGUACUUAUUACCGAACGAGCUAUUUAUUCAAUAUUAAUGUAUAAGCUUGUACAGAAUGAUGUGUUGUCGAAUAAUCGAAUUUGAAAUGUAUUUACGAUGGAUCCACGUAAAACGAACAAUAAAAAUAUUUUACAUAAA